AUGUCUAAUCAAAAACUAAAUUGUUCAACAUCGAAUCCAUGCGGAAGAAAUGGAUAUUGUGAAAAGAAUGAACAUGGUGAAUAUUAUUGCUCGUGUAUAUUCUGGUGGUCUGGACAAAUUUGUAACGAAUUAACUAAUAGUGGAAUUCAAGUAAUUAUUCUUGGUUGUCUAUUAGGUCUUCUUAUAGGAGUUUACUAUGGUUUAAUUAUCUAUCGUAAAACAACUCGAAAGACGCAACAAAAGAAAGAUAAACAAAAUUACAAAUUUUCAAUUGGAAUUAAAUUUAAUAUUCAUCGUUCAUUCUAUGUGUUUAUAAGUCUAAUUUUAAUUAUUGCUACAUCAGGAUUAAUAAUUAAAUGGUUCAUGAUUCAAUCAAUUCACAAUAUAAUUGUAGAUCAAUAUCGUCAUAAUCUUUCAUUAUUCUAUAAAUCUCAUGGAAUUUGUCAAGUAAUUAAUUAUCGAAAAACAAAUUUAAUCAUGUUUCCCAUGUCUUGUUUACUGAUUUUUAUUUUUGCCUUUGAAUACAAACGAAUUUUGUUUGGAGCAAAAAAGUAUAGUGACUUUUAUUUUCUUCCUGUUCCCAUUGAUUUUUUUACUAAUAUUAAUCGAACAUUUGUUGCUGUAACAUUUGCUAUUGCCGCAAAUGAAUUGUUAGAAAUUGCAAAUGAAGCAUUUAGUGAUACAUAUUCAAUUAAUAAUGGUAUUGUUCUUGUUUAUCUUCAACAAAUCUUCAAAGUUUUGUUGAUGGGUUUUCGUUAUUAUCCAAUUUUAGCUGCAGUUUACAUUGAUUCAAAAUUAAGCUUACUUUUGGGUACAUUUUAUUCUUGGAUAGAGUUACCAAUGACAAUCCUUGAACAAGGUCUAUGUCAACCGAGAUAUUAUGAGAAUGCACAGAAAAUAAAUGAUACAUAUUUAAAUUUCUUAUUCGAAUACUAUGGUACAGGAUCUUUUCUUCUAAUUAUUGAUUUAUUAACUGAUAUACCUCGAUAUGUAUGUUUAUCGUACAUAAUUAUUGAAUUAUCACGAAGGAUUGGAAAGAAAUUUCUCUAUGAAAUUAAAGCUGAUUAUUUAACACAAGAAGAAAAAGUAUUAUUAAAUGCGUUACAAGUCAAUUCUGUUGAAAUGAUGUAUUUACGGAAUUUAUUUCAAUCGAAUAAACGAACAAGUAAUUCUAAUCAAUGGAUUUAUGAAUGGCGAAAUGAUUUUCGAUUUUCAUCUCGUAUACUUUGUCUCUAUUCAUCAAUAUUUCUUUUUCUUUAUUUCUUUUUAAUUCAAGUAUGUGUUCAAGUAUUACCAUAUAUGAUCGAAUUACAACAAUUUAUUCAGAAUUCAAUCAAUAGUUUUCGUGGAAAUCAAUCAACUCAUUCUAUACCUGUACUUGUUCGACCGUUUCUUUUAGCUGUACUAAUUGGAUCAAGUAUUGUUGUUAUUCAACUUAUAUUAUUAUUAGUUAGUAUUCGUCGAAAUUUAUUUCAAGUUUAUCGAGGUGAUCAAUCAGAAAUUCCUCGCCGAAAUCGAUCAAAUUAUAAAACAUAUGCAAUAGGAAAUUUUCAUUUUGCUGGUUAUUUAAUUGCUUAUGUUUUAUGGGGUUUAGUAUUUAUUAUAUCAUUUCUUUUUAUUCUUUUGGUUUUUAUUGAUAUUAUCAUUACAUUUAGUUUAUUUUAUAUUAUUGAAUUAAUUCUUAAACAUCUUAUUCCAGUACUUUUAAUCGCUUAUUUUAAAGUAUAUUUGAACAAAUUUCUUGCUCGAUUUGCAUUUCUUCAAGAUGAUGGUGAUGUUUUAGCUAUGAAUAAUCGUCGCGUUUUGAUGAUAUUUCUGUAUUUUAAUUUUUUUCUCGAUGCGUUUCUGGGACUGUUUUCAUCUGUUGGUCGACUUUUAAAAAGUGUUAUGGGUGGUAUUUUUUACAUGUGUCGAUUGGAUUAUUCUCCAUUAGGUCGAAAAUUGGAAAGUUGGGAUGAUGGUUUCAAUGCUUAUUGUGGUUUUAUUCAUACGGAAUGUACUCAUCGACAUCCAAUUUUAUUACUUUUUACUGCCUAUUUACUUGAUAUGAACAAGAAGAAAUCAAAACUAAUUGCUAUUACUAAUCCUUUAGCGAUUUCAAUUGAUUUAACAUUGCAAAACGAAGAAGAAAGCAGAAGAAGGAGAAGACGAAUUAUUCAAAAAUGGCAAAUGAUUGUAUUUUUAAUACGAAAUCCAUUGUUUGUUUUUUAUCGUAAAGCAUAUUUUAAACAAUUUCAUUUCGUUGAAAAUCAUCUAGUACAAUGGAGAAAUAACGUCCAAGUCACUCAGCUGAUGCUUCGACGUUUAAAUUCCGUUUAA